CAUAUUCCAUCAUGCUGUUGUGGCCAUCCUGUCGAAGUGCAGUUUCACCUCUGCUGCCACUGCUGUCGUCGAAAGUGCUAAAGCCUGAUGUGCAGGCGUCAGUGGCCAAAAGCAGAGCCAUGUUCAAGGCGUCGAAAAUUGCGUGCUGGAAAUGCGGCGCUGACAAGCCGCUGGACAACUUUUUCUGCAAUAAGUGCAGCGCUCUGCAAGAACCCAACCAUAGCUCCACCUAUUUCCAGAUGCUCGGCGUCGACAGGAAAUUCGACCUGAAGGUGGCAGAACUGACCAAAAAAUUCAGAAGUCUGCAAAACCUUGUCCACCCAGAUAAAUUUGGCAGCAAAUCUCAGGAUGAGUUGCAGCACUCUGAAACCCAUUCUGCCUUGCUCAACCAAGCAUACAAAACCCUGCUGAAGCCCCUGGAUCGAGGCCUUUACCUGCUGAGUUUGGAAGGAAUGUCGAUAGAGGAAGACACCAUUCAGAUGGACCCAGCCUUUCUGAUGCAAAUAAUGGAGCUCAACGAAGAGCUUGAAGCAGCCAGCUCGAGCCAGUCUAUUUUGAAGCUGGCAGAGUCUAAUGCCAAGAUUUUAGACGAAUACACCAGGAAUAUCGACUCUGCCUUUGCUGAGAAAAACCUGGAAAAGGCUAAGAAGCUCCUGGCUGAAAUGAAGUAUUAUGCAAGCUUGGAUGAGAAAAUCAAAGAGUUAAAAAGUAAACUGGGUCUAGUUUCUUAAAUGUGUUAUUGAAGAAUAUGAAAGAUUGUUUAUUUGUUUACAAUCUGUUAAUCAGAUGAAAAUUGUUGCUGAUUGUUUGUCUAUUUGAAACUGAAUAUCCAUUAAAAAUAGGACUAAAUUUUGUAUUGUCUUGCCGCGCAAUGAUUUUACAAACAUCCUGUGAUUACAAUUUCUGUCCUCUUCAAGUCGCGAUUGAAUUAUAUGUACCAUUGUAUUUUCUCAAAUUUCUUAAGAUUCAAUUCAAAUGGACACAAAUAAGAAAGCAAUCACUUGUGUCCAGGGUUUUCAAAUUUUGCAAUGCGCAAAAAUGCAUCAUUGGUUUGGGGCUUUCCGCAUUUUUCGUUGAGUCUCCAAAUUUGACCACCAAUUAAGGUCAUGUUUUUUGCCAAUGAAAAAGUGUGAAAAACCCUAAAAAAUUUGAAUAGAUUUUAUGUGUAAUCAGUUGCUCAAUUUUAUUCUUUUGAAUUAAAAUUUUGACUCUAAAAAUUAAAUAUAUUUAUCUCCUAUUCUGAUU